GCGCCUCUUUGUUCUCGUAUAAGAGAGCGAGCCAAAGCCUAACAAAUCUGAAAGAGAAAGAAUUUGCAGUGUUUCUCAGAUUUGGCAUCACUGAGAGCUUCUCUCUCUCCUACUAUCUUUCUAGAGAGAGAAACCACACCAACAAAAAUAAAUAAAGAAAGAAAGAGAAUGCCCGGGAGUUUGGAGCCGUUGGAUGUGGGAGUACAGGUACCUUAUCAUUUCAGGUGCCCGAUCUCGCUGGAGCUGAUGCGUGAUCCGGUCACAGUUAGCACGGGCCAGACCUACGACCGCGCCAGCAUCGAGUCGUGGGUCGCCACUGGCAACAAGACAUGCCCUGUGACUCGCGUCCCGCUUUUGGAUUUCACGCUCAUACCGAACCAUACCCUUCGCCGACUUAUUCAGGACUGGUGCGUGGCGAACCGUGCUUUUGGUGUACAGCGGAUACCGACACCGAAACAACCAGCUGAACCGGCUCUGGUUCGUUCGUUGUUGAACCAGGUAGCGUCCCGCUCGAAUCCGAACCAGUCUCGCCUCACCGCUGUUCGACGACUCAGGGGGCUUGCGCGUGAGUCAGAUAAGAAUCGGUCCUUGAUUUUAGCGCAUAACGUUGGCGAAAUCCUUGUCGAUCUCGUGUUCUCUAAUACCGAUUCCGAUUCCGAUUCCGAUUCGUCGGAGUUGAAUCACGAGUCGCUCGCGCUUCUGGUGAUGUUUUCAUUGAGUGAAUCGGAGUGCGUGUGCAUCGCUUCGGAGCCAGACAGGAUAGGCUACCUAUCACAUCUAUUGUUCCACAACUCAAUUGAAGUCCGAGUCAACUCAGCAGCUUUGAUCGAAAUCGUCGUUGCGGGAACCAGAUCUUCAGAUCUUCGCGCACAAAUCAGCAAUGUAGACGAUAUCUAUGAAGGAGUAAUCGAAUUAUUGAAGAAUCCGAUAUCCUCCUACCCUCGCGCGUUGAAAGUAGGCAUCAAGACCUUGUUCACUUUGUGUUUGGUUAAGCAGACAAGGCACAAGGCCGUUUCAGCCGGAGCUCCUGAAGCGUUGAUCGAUAGAUUAGCCGAUUUCGAUAAGUGUGAUGCCGAGCGAGCUCUGGCCACGGUGGAACUCCUCUGCAGGGUACCGGCAGGAUGCACCGCCUUCUCUUCUCACGCGCUCACCGUCCCUCUUCUGGUAAAAACAAUCCUAAAGAUCUCAGACCGGGCGACGGAGUAUGCUGCCGGAUCGCUAUUUUCGGUGUGCUCAGCAUCGGAACAGAGCCAGAGGGAGGCGGUGAGUGCUGGAGUGUUGACGGUGCUCCUGCUUCUCGUGCAGAGCGAUUGCACGGACAGGGCGAAGAGGAAGGCGCAGCUGCUUCUGAAGCUGCUUCGGCAUUCGUGGCCUGAGGAUUCAGUUGGGAAUUCGGAUGAUUUCGUUUGCAGUGAAGUCGUACCAUUUUGAUUCUUCUUGUUGUUGUUGAUGGUGAUGAUUAUUGUUCUUAAUGAACCAAAAAAAAAAGUGGUAAAUUUGAGGUUUAGGUUGGUAAAUAGAGAUUGUAAUUUUGUGUAUGUAAAGUGUAAGCAAUUUUUGUUUAAAAACUAAAAAAAGGCUACUUUCAUUUUA